CUGGAAACCAUUGGCGAAGGGACAUUUUCUGUGGUAAAACGCGCAAUAUGGUAUCAUCCCGGCGGUAGUAAAAUUGACGUUGCGGUGAAGAUCUUACGGGACGUUUCACCUUCUCUAGUCGAAGAUCUUGAAGUGGAAGCAAGUCAUCUACUCAAGCUUCAGCAUUCCAAUCUUAUUCGACUGUUUGGAAUCGUUCGACCUGCAAUGAUGGUCAGUUUUCAUUUCUCAAGACAUUCUUCUGCUUUUCAGGUUUUUGAACUAUGCGAAGGCGGAGAAUUACUGACACGUUUGCGAGAUUCGAGCAAGCCUGCGCCCCUGGUCACGCUUCUUCUUGAGUACUGCCUGCAAAUAGCAAAGGCUCUUACAUUCCUGGAAAGUAAACAUGUAGUACACAGAGAUGUAGCUGCUAGGAAUGUUCUUCUCAGCAAAGAUGAGAAGGUAUGUCAGUAUAUCACGUUGAUUACCAGAACAACUAUCAGGUCGUCCAGAAAGUUUGCUAAAACCCGUAUCUGGGCUUUCCAGCGCAUGAAAAUUGCAAAAAUGAGCUUUUUAGUGAAGUGUUCCAGGUCCGCAUUCAGUGGUAAGUACACGUAA